AUGUCACCAGAAGAUCAAUUCCAAAUAUUUGAAUUUGUUCGAUCACUGUUAGAUAAAAAUUUAUCAGGUCAAGAUAUGACACAAAUGAUAAAACAAUGGCUUGAUAAGACAUUCGACCCUUCAUGGCAUGUUGUUAUAAUCGAUGGUUCAUAUUGGAUAUCGUAUUCACAUUUACCUGAACAAUCUCUACAAUUUCGAUUGAAAGAAAAGUGUUAUUUAGUUUGGCGCACGCCUAAAUAUUGACAUUGAAUCAACAAAAUUAUGAUAAUUGCAGUUACGUAACGAGUAUUUAUUCGUAAUUGAAUUUUGUUUACCCAUAUUGUUGUUUAACCAACUGCAUAUAUAUACAUAUAUAUAUCGACCCAAAUGUCAAACUAUCGUUUACUUUAUUAAGUGUUCA